AUCUCUGGCAAUUAUUGCUUAUUAUUUUUUGUGAAUUUGUGAUUCGUCUUUUGGUUGUGACCGAACAAAAUCGUAAAUUUUUACCUUGAAUAAAAUGGCAGAAAUACCAUACCAAAACAUGGAAGGUUCUAGUCAGGCAGCAAAAAAUCUAACGCAUCUCGACCCGGAAAGUCAGGUCGAGAUUCGCGGAAUGACUUUCUCUGAAGAAUCAAUCAGAAAGGGAUUCAUAAGAAAGGUUUAUCUUAUUUUAACUGUCCAACUUGCAGUAACCAUGGCUUUUAUAUCGCUCUUUGUGUACAGCGAACCUGCUAAGCUUUGGACUAUCAACAAUCCAUGGAUUGCAACGACUUCUUUUCUCACGAUGUUUGCAGUUCUUAUUAUAAUGGCAUGCUGCGGUGAAAUUCGACGUAAAACGCCCCAUAAUUUUAUCUUCUUAGCACUUUUCACCGUUGCGCAAGGACUAAUGCUUGGAAUUUUCACAAUCCGUUACGAAGCUCAAGAGGUCUUCACUGCAGUUGGAAUCACUUGUGCUAUAUGUUUGGGACUAACUUUAUUCUCGCUGCAAACCAAAUGGGAUUUUACUAUGAUGGGCGGAUUUUUGUUUGUCGCUUUAUUGGUAGUAUUUGUAUUCGGCAUCAUUGUGGCAUUCUUCCCUGGAAGUGUGGCAAGUUCCGUGUAUUCCGCCUGUGGAGCAUUACUAUUCUCAUUGUACCUGGUAUACGAUACACAGAUGAUGAUGGGUGGCAGUCACAGGUAUUCAAUUAGUCCGGAAGAAUACAUAUUUGCUGCACUCAAUCUAUAUCUAGAUAUCAUUAAUAUAUUCCUUUUUAUUCUGCGUAGAUAAGAUAAAAAAUGUGUAGAAAAAUGUUCUUGACAACUCACGAUUUGAAAUUAUAAAACAUCGAUAGAAAGCAAUUAGAGUUAUAACGUUUAAUUAUUAUUUCCUAACAAAAUUGUUAAAUACUGAAACAUUGUUGUGCGACAAUUUUGAUGACAAAUGCAAAUUUGGCUUUAGUUUUCAAAAGGUCGCAUAAUCAACCCUUUUGCAUGCAUUAUGCGACCAUCUGAAAACUAAAGCCAAAAAUGAAAGAAAUAGGUUUUUAUUACUAUCGUCACUUACACAUUCUCAUUUUCUUUAGUUUUCUGCCUAAGAAAAAGUAGGACAUAUAGUUUUGUUUUUGCCCUGCAUUAUUCUGAAUGAGACUUAAUUGAAUUUCAGGCUUAUACCUGUUUUUGUUCAAAUUAUAAAUAUUCGAAA